AUGACCACCGCCGCCGCUUCCUCCGAUAUCGCCUCCCUCCUCGGCUCCGAUGCCGACGACCUCCUCUCCUACACCUGUAAGGGCUUCGGCAAGGACUCGCUCCACCUCCCCGGUCCGGACUUCGUCGACCGCGUCCUCCGCGAUACCGACCGGCCCGUGAACGUCCUGCGGAACUUCGAGUCCAUCAUGAACUGCGGGCGAUUGGCGGGGACCGGGUACGUGAGCAUCCUGCCCGUCGACCAGGGCAUCGAGCACUCGGCCGGCGCGUCGUUCGCGCCGAACCCCGCGUACUUCGACCCCGAGAACAUCGUCAAGCUCGCCAUCGACGGCGGGUGCAACAUGGUCGCGUCCACACUGGGCGUUCUCGGCAGCGUCUCGCGGAAGUACGCCCACAAGAUCCCCUUCCUCGUCAAGCUCAACCACAACGAGAUCCUGAGCUACCCCAACCAGUACGACCAGACGCGCUACGGCUCGGUCCGCCAGGCGUUCGAGAUGGGCGCGAUGGCCGUGGGCGCGACGAUCUACUUCGGCUCCGAGCAGUCGCGCCGCCAGAUCGACGAGGUCUCCGAGAUGUUCGAAGAAGCGCACGCGCUGGGCAUGGUCACCGUGCUCUGGUGCUACCUCCGCAACUCGGAGUUCAAGCAGGGCAAGACGGACUACCACGUCUCCGCCGACGGCACGGGCCAGGCCAACCACCUGGGCGUCACCAUCCAGGCGGACAUCAUCAAGCAGAAACUCGCCGAGAACAACGGCCUCUACAACGCGAUCAAGUUCGGCAAGACGCACCCGAAGGUCUACUCCGACCUGACCCCGGGCGACCACCCCAUCGAGCUCUGCCGCUACCAGCUCGCGACGUGCUACAUGGGCCGCUCGCCGCUCAUCAACUCCGGCGGCGCGUCCAGCGGCGCGGGCGACAAGGCGGAGGCCGUGCGCACCGCCGUGAUCAACAAGCGAGCCGGCGGCAUGGGCCUGAUCUCGGGCCGCAAGGCCUUCCAGCGCCCGAUGAACGAGGGCGUGGAGCUGCUGCACGCGAUUCAGGAUGUGUACCUGGAUGAUUCGGUGACGGUGGCGUAA